CGCAUAAUUUAUUCCUGGGAAACCUAUAAUCAACAUCGCUGCGUUAAUGUAUUAAAUAUGGCGUGGUAGGAACUACUGUAUUGGAAUUAAACAACUGUGAAAUGUUUCUGAAAUAAUUUUCGGUUCUAAGGAAAGUAUGGGACAGUUUUAGCUUGUAACAUACACUCUUCGUGAACUACUCAAUGAAGAAACAAGACAUGAUAUCUUUACAGCGGCCCAUCGACAGUGGUGUGACUUUAAGGCUGAUGCACGAUCUGAGCCCGGAUUCCGACGAGUCUGCAGAGGAAGAUGACGAGAGUCUCGCGGUUCAACGCGAGAGGUUCUUAAUAUCAUGCCUCGCCCAAUCAGCGAUCAACAAUAACAACAGUAUUAGUCACGUUUCACAGACCACGUGUGACUCCUUCUGUGACAGGACUGAAAAUAUUACAGAAACAUUUACGAAACUCGAAUGGAAGCAAAACCAGUUUGAGCGUAUAAACAAUCACAUUAACGAGCAACAUCUGACCAAAGUACUUGAACGGCCUCUACACAACAUAAAUUUAAUAAACAACAACUUUUUACAGUCCCCGGAUGACUGUGAGUCAAGUGACAAAGAGAACGUGUGUCCCAGCUCCCAGACUGCCUCCCGGACCGGCCCCAUCCCCGGGACCCGGGCCCACAGGAGACCAAGGAAACUCCCCGAUAUACCAAAGAAAAACACAUCAGCGGCGAGCACCCCACUGAAGCCCCGGGCGGAGUACAAUGAAAAAUGUCUGGCGGAUGAGUUACAAGAGGCGCUGGUCAGGAGUGAGCAUGACCUUGACCUUGAACACGCUGACGGAGCCGCAAGAACGCCCAAGGCCUACCCGAAAUACAGCCGGAAGUUCCUAGAGGAGUUAUCAUGUGUCAAAUUUAAUUCUGUGUCAAAAAAUACAAGAGCCUACCUGGGCUCUGACAAUAUGUACUUAAAAGAGGACUCGAGUAAUCAGACCGAGCAAUGUGACCUUAAGGAUCGGACACGUGAUAUACACGACAAGUCCCGUGAUUUUCAAGAUCGGACACGUGACCAUCACGAUGAGUCACCUGAUUUUCAAGAGCAACCACGUGUUGCUGCAGUAGCGUGUGGAGGAAAAAGACACAGGGAUGGCGGCGAUGAACCCCACCGCACCAACACGUGCGCAGCGGCAGCGCGCUAUUCCGACCUGGUGGUGACGCACAGGGGAAUGCACCGGUUCGUGCCUCGCCACGAGGACGAAAUCGCCAUAGAGAUUGGUGACCCCAUACACGUGUUCAGCACCGACGAUGACCUCUGGUGUGAAGGAGUCAAUAUGAGGACCAGCCAGCGGGGCGUGUUCCCCUCCAUGUAUGCGACUGAUCUGGGCUUCCUGGAAGAGGAGGAAGAGGAGAACGGUUGUUCGAAGUUCUUCCUGCGGUUCCUGGGCUCGGUUGAAGUGAACUACCACAAGGGGGACGAGGUUCUUUGUCAGGCUAUAAAUAAGGUGGCGCUGUCCCGGCGCGCGGUAAAGUCGUCACUUCCGCCUCCUGUGUGUAACGUGGAGAUCAGCCAGUACGGCGUUCGCAUGUUUGACAAGAGCAGGGCUGGGCACGAGGACAUGGAAACGUUCACACAUUUCUUCGCCCUUAAGCACAUCACGUUCUGUGGUCACCACCCAAGAAACGAAAGAUAUUUCGGGUUCAUCACGAAGCACCCGAGCCAGUACCGGUACGCGUGUCAUGUGUUCCUAGGGGAGAAGUCCACGCGCUCCGUCACCGACGCCAUGGGUCAAGCAUUUAAGAGAUUCUACCAAGAGUACAUGGCCUUCACACAUCCGACAGAAGAUAUAUACAUGGAAUAGUAGCUUCACUGUCCUUCCAUCAUUACAAUCAUCAAUCAUAGUGCAGUGUAACAGACCAGCCGGAGAUACUGGCUUACAUGCAGAGUUCAUGCUAUAUAGGAUUUGUCAAGAACAUGGUUUCAUGGAACGCUUCAACUGUAUAGGUCAAUAUCGGCCGCGGUUGUCAGCUUGUCGGCGAGUCUCUUCCUAAUUACGGACAAUCAACACAGGGGCAGAAUAAGUAAAUGUUGCAGAGUUGUUUCCCUGAUGCAUCGCAUAUUUAUAGCUUCACCAUGAUAGCAUGGGCAUAAGUUAUUUCAAAUGACGUUGCAAAGCCUACGGUGCAAUACACUGCAGAUUAUACAAUUGUAAUAGUGAACUCACCAAGCAACCCAGAUUUAUUAUUAUAUGUACAUAAACAUAAAUAUAAGAACGUCUCUCACUAUGGUAAUAUUAUUUAAAAGGUUACAUUUAAAAUUAAACAUGCCAGCUUUUUAAUCUCUUUUUUUCUGUUUGUUACAAUCAAGUUCAAAUAAAUGAGUAAAUAAAUUCGUUAUAUUGAU